UUGCGGGGCCGGGCGCCCACCGUGGGGGCGGGACUCGGUGUCCGCCUGCGCGCUGCGAGGUCUGCCUUCCCUCCGCGGGCGCUUUGUUUUGGUCCCUGUCGUCACGCGUCCGAGCCUUCACUCUCCUGCUGAACUGGUGAAGGCCAUGCCGCCCCCUGGGAAAGUUCCCCGAAAGGAGAACCUGGGGCUGCAGUGUGAGUGGGGGUCCUGCUCCUUUGUGUGCUCAGCCAUGGAGGAGUUCUGCGAGCAUGUCACUCAGCACCUGCAGAAGCACCUGCACAGCUCGGGGGAGGAGGAGGAGGAAGAGGAGGAGGACUUGCUGGAGGAAGAAUUCUCCUGCUUAUGGCAGGAGUGUGGCUUUUGUUCUCUGGACAGUUCUGCUGACCUUGUCCGCCACGUCUACUUCCACUGCUACCACACGAAGCUGAAGCAGUGGGGGCUGCAGGCCCUGCAGAGCCAGGCCGACCUCAGCCCUUGCAUCCUGGACUUCCACAGCCGCAACAUCAUCCCUGACAUCCCCGACCACUUCCUGUGUCUGUGGGAGCACUGUGAGAGCUCCUUCGACAAUCCUGAGUGGUUCUACCGGCACGUGGAAGCGCACAGCCUGUGCUGUGAAUACAAAGCUGUUGGCAAGGACAACCACGUGGUGCUGUGUGGCUGGAAAGGCUGUACCUGUACCUUUAAGGACCACUGUAAGCUUCGCGAGCACCUCCGCAGCCACACCCAGGAGAAGGUGGCGGCCUGCCCCACCUGCGGGGGCAUGUUUGCCAACAACACCAAGUUCUUAGACCACAUCCGUCGCCAGACCUCACUGGAUCAGCAACGCUUCCAGUGCUCUCACUGCUCCAAGAGGUUUGCCACUGAGAGGCUGUUGCGGGACCACAUGCGUAACCAUGUGAACCACUACAAGUGCCCUCUGUGCGAUAUGACCUGUCCCCUGCCAUCCUCCCUCCGCAACCACAUGCGCUUUCGCCACAGCGAGGACCGGCCCUUUAAAUGCGACUGUUGUGACUACAGCUGCAAGAAUCUGAUCGACCUCCGGAAGCACCUGGAUACCCAUAGCAAGGAGCCAGCCUACAGGUGUGAUUUUGAGAACUGCAACUUCAGCGCCCGAGCCCUCUGCUCCGUCAAGUCCCAUUACCGGAAAGUGCAUGAAGGUUACUCAGAGCCAAGGUACAAAUGCCACGUGUGUGACAAAUGCUUCACCAGGGGUAACAACCUCACUGUGCAUCUUCGCAAGAAGCACCAGUUCAAGUGGCCCUCAGGGCACCCCCGUUUUCGGUACAAGGAGCAUGAGGACGGCUACAUGCGGCUGCAGCUGGUUCGCUAUGAAAGUGUGGAACUGACACAGCAACUGCUGCGGCAACCACAGGAAGGCUCGGACCUGGGAGCGGCCCUGAACGAGAGCAGCCUGCAGAGCAUCAUUCUAGAAACAGUGCCCGGGGAGUCAGGGCCCCAGCACGAGGCGGAAGAGGAGGGCCGAGGCGGGGAGGACAGCCUCUCAGCCUCUCAGGACACCUCCAGUCCUGUCAUCCAUGUGGUGAAUCAGGCCAAUGCCCAGGAGAUUGUCUACUAUGUGCUGUCCAAAGGCCCGGGAGAGUCCCCCGCCGGCCCCUGAGUCCCCCUCAGGGGCAUCAUGGAGAAGCUUCAGGGAGUAGCUGGGAACCAGAAGUCCAGGUGGUCUGAAGGCGGUCGAGUAGCAACAUUCCUAGCCCAGGCUGGGUUUGAGCCAGGCUGGUGGCAGUGCCCCUUGGGGCAGCCCUUGCCAGGGGGUGCCUUUUGGAGGGUGCUAGGAAUAUUGUGGUCCACUCAGGAUCUGGCUUGCAUCAGUCAGCAGACUAAGGACUUUCCUUUUCUGCCACACCAUGUUUUUGUGGGGACCCUGAGGAGCAGGGACUCUGAGGUGGAUAGCCUGGUUGUGUAUGUCUUCUCGUAGAGGGAGCUAGUAUCAGGCUCAACCAUGACCCCUAGACAUGCUGGAGCAGUGGUGAAAAUCCCUAGCUGGCACCCACUCCCAUCUUUAGGGUUUCUCGGGCCCAAGGAUGACCUGGAUCUAGUCCCUGCCGUGGCCCUUCCUUUCACCCGCCCAGCCGAGGCUGUGUCCCAGGAGCCACUUCCCUCCAAACGAUUCUUCCUGCCACCCAAGGACUUCGCGUCAUCCUCAGGGCCGGGGCGGGGCAGUGUGUGUAGUGCUUGUGUUGGUAAUAAAUGCUUCUGCUGUUAGUCUU